ACAUGGAUGUGUCUUUGGCAUCAGCACUCUUACACAUAUUUGUCAAAUCCAGCCGUUUGAGCAUCCUUCCUUGACUUUGGGACACAGCCAGAGAGAGAGAGUGCUUCCAUUCAUUCAUUAAUUCAUUCAUUAUCCUUAACUGCUUAUCAUGUAUCCAUAAAUGACUCGCACUUUUGGGUGGAAUAAUAAAGUUUACCGGAAAUUGCUUUUAUUUUGAAGGCCGUUCAAACACGUUCUUACCGUAACGCACCGCAGAAACAAGUGGAGGCAGGCUUGACUGCAGUCCCGUUCCUUACUUUCACUUUCCCCACGGAUUGUGUCGCAGCAGAGAUUGCAGAAGGUUCUCAAAACCAGCAGUCAGUUCCCACUGAAUAAGUCUCUGAUGUCUCCAGCGGAGUGACAUCAUGGCGGCUGCAGCAACAGGGUCGGAUGAUCUGCAGCCUGUGAAGCGCAGCAGCAGCAGCUGUGAAUUGCUGCCACCUGAAAGGUCAGAUGAUCUGCAGCCUGUGAAGCGCAGCAGCAGCUAUGAAUUGCUGCCACAUGAAACGACAGAUGAUCUGAAACUACUGAAGCGCAGCAGCAGCUAUGACUUGCUGCCACCUGACAUGUCUGAGCUGAGAGUUGUUCUGCUGGGGAACAGCUGGUCUGAGAGGAGUUCAGUGGGGAACUUCAUACUGGGUGGGAAAGCGUUCAGCAAUGAGGGAGAACCAGCAACAACCUGUUUGAUCAUCAAAGGACCGCUGGAAGAGAAAAAAAUAGUUCUCAUCAACACUCCAGAUCUGCUGCAUCCAAACAUCUCUUUAGACAAACUGACACAAGAUCUGAAACAAUGUGUGGAACUCUCUGAUCCUGGACCUCAUUUGUUCCUGCUGGUUCUCCAGCCUGAAGACUUCACUGAGGAACACAAACAGAGACUCUGCAGAGUCCUGAAACUCUUAAGUGAUCAAUCAUUUGAUCAUUCUCUGGUUCUGACAUCACCACCCAGAGAGGAGAGUUCAGCUUUCAUGGACAAAGAUGAACCAGACCAGCCAUUAAAAGACCUGAUCAGAAUGUGUCGAUACAGAUUCCUGAAGCUGAGGAACCUUGAGCUUCCACAGUUGUUAACACGUUUGGGUCAAACUGUAAAAGAGAACAAUGGAAAGCAUGUGAGCUGUGAUGUAUUUGAGGAUGCAGCACCAGUUUUGGCUCAUGAUCAGGAAGUCCUGAAACAAGUGGAAAAAGACAGCAAAUUUGAUCCACCAAAACCUGCUGAGGGAAAAGCUCCUAGCAAAUACACCCAGCCCCCUCAGUCAUGGGCACUCAGGAUUGUGAUGUUUGGAAAAAGCGAGGACAAAAAGAAAUCACUGUGCAGCUUCAUCAUGCGGAAUAGACAGUCCAAAUUUUAUAAAAUAAAUGUAAAAAAGCAAUGUGAGGUCGCCAAUGGAGAGUGGGGAGGAAAUCCUUUAAAGGUAGUGAAAAUGCCUGACCUGUUCAGUCUGUCUGUGGAAACUUUCAUUGAAGAGAUGAAGAGUUGUGCAACUCUUUGUCUCCCUGGACCAAAUGUUCUGCUGCUGUUAGUGAAACCUUCUGAUUUCACUGAGAAGAUAAGACAAAGACUGAAGUUUAUCCUGAGUUUUUUUGGUCAAGAAGCCUUUAAACACUCAAUGGUCAUCCUGACACAUGAGGAGAGAGAAACAACUGUGAAUCAGCUCCUUACAGACUGUGGAGGAAGACACUACAGCAUGGCUGAAGAUGACCACAGAUCACUAAUGGAGAAGAUUGAGAACAUUGUGCAAGAAAACAGAGGAACCUUCCUCACCUUCAAUGAAGAGAUCAUCAGACCAAAGUCUGAAUACAUGAAACCAGCUCUAAACGUGGUUCUGUGUGGGAGGAGAGGAGCAGGGAAGACCUCAGCAGCCAAGGCCAUUUUAGGUCAGACAGAGCUUCAUUCAGUCUCCAGCUCAGAGUGUGUUAAACAUCAGGGAGAGGUGUGUGGACGUUGGGUUUCCCUGGUGGAGCUGCCUGCAUUGAAUGGAAAACCUCAGGAGGAAGUGAUGGAGGAAUCAUUCAGGUGUAUCUCCCUCUGUGAUCCUGAGGACGUCCAUGCCUUCAUCCUGGUCCUUCCUGUGGGUCCCCUCACUGAUGAAGACAAGGGAGAGUUGGAGACCAUCCAGAACACUUUCAGCUCUCAAGUCAAUGACUUCACCAUGAUUCUGUUCACUGUGGAGUCAGAUCCUACAGCUCCAGCUGUUGAUAACUUUCUGAAGAAAAGCAAGGACAUCCAGGAGCUCCGUCAGAGCUGUGGAGGAAGACAGUUUGUCCUCAACAUCAGGGACCAGCAGCAGAUCCCAGAGCUGUUGGAUGCUGUGGAAAAAAUCAGUUCACACUGCUAUACAACUGUAGCAUUUGCACAUGCACAAAUGGAAAAGCUCAAAAAUCAAGAGAAACGUAUCAACAUGCAGCAAACUGAACUUGAGAGGCUGAAGCAGAAGGACAAGAUCACUUGUGAUAAAGAGCAGCAGAGCCCAGAGAGUCUCAGGAUUGUGCUGAUAGGGAAGACCGGCUGUGGGAAGAGUUCUUCAGGAAACACCAUUCUAGGAAGAAAGGAGUUUAAAGCAAAGUCAAGUCAAAAAUCAGUCACCAAGUUUUGUCAGAAAGUACAGAGUGAAGUGGACGGUCGUCCUGUUGUUGUAGUCGACACUCCUGGUCUGUUUGACACAACUUUGUCUCCUGAAGAGAUUAAUGAGGAGAUGAUGAAAUGCAUCAGUCUUCUGGCUCCAGGACCACAUGUCUUCCUGUUGGUGUUACAAAUUGGCAGACUGACAUCAGAGGAGAAGGAGACAUUGAAACUGAUCAAGAAAGGUUUUGGGAAGAAUGCUGAAAAGUUCACCAUCAUUCUUUUCACCAGAGGAGAUUCACUGGAAGAGGAGGAGCAGUCUAUUGAGGAAUACAUUGAAAAAGAGUGCGAUGAUUCCUUUAAGAGUCUGAUCGCUGACUGUGGAAGAAGAUACCAUGUGUUUAAUAACUUUGAUAAAUACAACAAGACACAAGUCAGUGAACUGAUGACAAAGAUCGACUCCAUGGUGAAGGAGAAUGGAGGCAGCUGCUACACCAAUGAGAUGCUGCAAGAGGCCGAGGCAGCAAUACAGAAAGAAGUGGAGAAGAUCCUGAAGGAGAAGGAAGAAGAGAUGCAGAGAGAGAGGGAGGAACUACAGAGAAAACAUGAGGAAGAAAUGCAAGAGAUGAAAAGAACAAUGGAAGAACAGAGAGCAGAAAUUGAAAAGGAGAGACAACUGAGAGAAAAAGAACUUGAAGAAAAGGAGGCAAACAUCAACAAAGAACGUGAGGAGAGAAGGAGAGAACAGGAGAGGAGAAAAGAAGAAGACGAAAAGAGGAAACAACAGGAACAAAUUCAACGGCAGGAGUGGGAACAAAAAGUUGAAGCUUUGGAGCAAAAAAUAAGAUCAGAGUCAAAUUCAAAGGAAAACAUUGACCGAAAGCUGGAGGAGAGCAGAGAAGAGAUGAUAAAAGAACGAGAGAACUGGGAGAAGGGGAGAAAAGAGUGGUGGGAGAAACGAGAUCAAGAACAUGAACAGAAACAAAAAAGACUUAGAAAGCUUCAAGAAGAAUAUGAGCAAGAAAAACAAAAGUACGAAAGAAAAACAAAAGCAGAUGAAGUCAAAAGGGAAGAGCAGGAGAGGAAGUGGAAACAGAAAGAAGAAAACUACAAGACAAAGUUGGAAGAAAUGAAGAAGAAGUAUGAAGAGGAGGCCAGAAAUAAAGCAGAGGAGUUCAAUGAAUUCAGAGAGAGAAAACAGAAAGACUUUGCAGCUCAGAUAAGAAAUCACAUGGAUGAAGUGAUGGAUCUGAAGAAACAGCAGGAGAGAGAAAUGCAAGAGCAGAAGGAUGAAUAUGAAAACUUGAAGAAACUCUCAACCCACAAAGAAAAACAUUUGAAACACAACAUAAAUGAACUUCAGAACAAACAUAAAGAAGAAAUGACGGCCAUGAUAUUUGGACUUUUCCUCAAAAACAAAGAAAACAAGAAGAAAAUGGAGACAAUGCUGGAAACACACAAAAAAGAGGUGGAAAAUCUUAAAAAAGAUCUUUUAGCCCAAAACAAAAGCAAAGAGAAGGAGGAAAUUGAUGAAUUAAAGGAAAAACACAAACAAGAAAUGAAAGCCUUGGACAAGGGGCUGUCAUCUAAAAACAAAGACGAUCUGAAGAUAAGAAAGGAUAUGCUGGCCAUCAAACAUGAUCAGCAAAUAAAUGAGUUGAAGUUGAAACUUCUCACCCAACAGCAACAAAAUCAGAAAGAACAGUUGGAUGAAUUGCAGAAAAAACACGGGGAAAAAAUGGAUGAAUUCAAACAGGCGCUUCAUGAAGAACACCAAAAGAUUUCAAGGGAAAAAAUAGAUGAGCUGCAGAAGAAACAUGAACAAGAAAUGAAGCAAUUGAAACAAGAACUUGUGACUCAGCAGAAACAACAUCAGAAGGAACAAAUUGAUGAUUUAGAGAAGCAACAUGAACAGCAGAUGAAUGACCUGAUUCAGACCGAUUCAGAUGAACAUGUCAAAGAAGAAAAAAAGGAUGAAUUACAGAAAAAACACAAUAAAGAGAUGGAUGAGUUUAGACAGCAACUGAUGACCAAGGACAGAGACAGUGGAAAGGUCGAAGUAGAUGAACUGCAAAAAAAACAUGAGAAAGAGAUGAAGGAGCUGAAAGAGACACUUUUCAUGGUGGACGAGACAGACGACUCGUGGCCUUGUUCAAUUCUUUGAAAGAUUGUAUUAUGGUCCAAGUGUCCAAACAGGAACCAAGUUCCAUCAAAAGUCCUGUUUUUUACGGCCAUUUUAAUCAUAUUCAAUUCAAUCACAGUUUGGCCUGCCAGUAAGAGAGCUGUUUAUUUCAGCAAUGCCUUGACUCUUUUUAUAAAAUGAAUGACCAUAAAGGUAAAGCACCUCCCACACAAGAACUGCAGCUCAAGUGAUUUACAACAGUGAUGGAUGGAUGAGCUCCAUCUGUGGCAUACAUGUGGUCCCAACACUGCUUUCAGUAAUUGUCAAUGCUUUUUUUGAGUGCCGUAAUGUUACUGCACCAAAUAUUGUGGGACAUUUAAGCAGCAAAAGUAUAAACUUGACAGAGGAAACCAAACUAAACAGUUAUGCUGCUGUUUAUUGUCGUUGCGUACAGCAUCUGCUGAUGACGCGCUCAACCUAAACUACCAACCACCGGCCAAGUCCAAACGGACAAAUUGAUGAUUUAGAGAAGCAAGAUCAACAGAAAAUGAAUGAACUGAUACAGACUUGGAUGAACAUGUCAAAGAACAAAAAAUGGAUGAAUUACAGAAAAAAUACAUCCCAGGCAUGGAUGAGUUAAAAGAGAACCAAUGACAGAGACAGUGGAAAAUAACGUAAUAUAUCUGCUAAAAAAACAUGAGAAAGAAGUAAUGGACCUGAAAAAAAAAGAAACAAAUGGCACAAAAAAAAUAACAAUGGACAACACAGACGACUCGUAGCUUUGUUCAGUUGUUUGAGAGAUUGCAUUGUGGUCCAACACAUUUUUAACUACAGUCCUGUUUUUUUAUGACCAUUUUUAUCUUAUUUACAUUUUUUGUGUUGCCUGUAAGAGUACUGUUUAUUUCAGCAAUGUCUUGAUUUCUGUUGACCCAACAGUUAGCUGUACAGUAUAACCGAUAUGUCACAGAAAAAUUGGUAAAAACUUCAGUCUACAGAAGAAUAGUUAUUCCUUUGUGCUUCAAGCAUCAUCAUCUAAAAACAGGGUUGUAUUUCCUUCUACAAUAUUUUGUUAUUGAAAGAAAAGUACAGGAGCUUUACAAAGUUUUUUCCCCACAAAACAGCCUAUAGUAGUUUCAUAUACAUGGAUUUAUUUAUGACGGCCUACCACAAAACAGUACACAAAUUACAUGUUUAACAAUGCUGUGCCAUGCUUAAUCAUAUUAUGUACAUACUUUAUACGUUUAAGAAAAACUUACUUUUGUUUUUUUAGCUAAUUUAAGUUACUGAGGUAACAUGUUUUUUUGGGAUGUCUGUCCAUACAUCAGUCUCCUAUUCCUUUGACAUGAUAAAUCAGGAACACCUUGAUGAGCAAAUUUCUUCAAACUUGGCACAAAUGUCCACUUGGACACAAAGGUGAACUGAUUAGAUAUUGGUGGUCAAAGGUCCCUGUGAGCUCAUGCCUGACCUAUUCUCAUGAACAAAAUAUCUCAGAAAUAACCUGAAUGAUUUUGUUUAUUUUUGGUGCAAAUGUCCACUUGGACUCAAAGAUGAAAUUAUUCCAUUUUCAAAGUCAAAGGGACUCACAGGUGUAUUUUCUGAAAAUAAAAAAUGGAAAAGUUUGUCCCACUGAGCUGCAGUUUUAGGCUACACCUCUUUAGUCUGCAAAAAAUCUUUAUACGUUGAUUGUUUUUAUGUACUGUUUCAUAGACUUUUUUGCUGUUUUCUUUUUCCCUAAAGAUUUGUCUUUGUUUUAUUUUGAAUAUGAAAUAGAACAUGAAGUUUGCAAAGGACUUUAAGUGAAAUGAAAUGUUUACAUGUCAUUACUUUUAGGGGCCACCGGUAGGCCACAAAUGUUCAUUUGUAUAUAUGAACUAAAUUGAAUGAAAAAUGCGCCAGCAUUCGUGAUUUCAGCCCUCAAAACUCCCUCAAAGAGAGAACACGUCUCCUCUUCUCCAGGGUCUGAGGCAGGCCUUCUCAAAGGGCCCAGUGGACAGGCUUGGGCCUGUGCUGAGAUCUCUAUUUAACUGCUCUCUGAUUUUCCUGCUUGUGGCCUAUGCGAGAUAUAGUCACAAAGAAUCAACACCAAGAUUUCAAGCCAACAACACAGUAAAUUAUUGUGGAAAGCACAGAACGGACUUUGCCCAACAAGGAACUAAAUCUUCGCCAAAAGGAUUCAUUCCCCUUCCCAUCUAUGGACGUUGUGUUAAAGUACUGGGCUAGAUCAGUUAGUACAAGCAAGAACAAGUUGUUAAACUUGAAUCUAUGGAUUUUGAUCUGAUGUGUGUUGUUAAGUACAACUGUUGUGAUGUUUAUUUAGCCAUACCAUUUGAAAUUGAAUGUUGAAAUGUCUUGUUUACACAGAAACCAGGCCUUCACUAACUAACAAAUUAAUUUUUGGUCUAAUACAAUAAAUAACAUCCAGUGUACUAAAAAUUGACCAUUUCACAGACACAUAGAAUAGAAUAGAAUCAAAAUUAGCAUGGUCCUCUUUGUUCUCUUUAUUGAUAUUUCAUAUUUAUCUGAGUCGCUUCCUGACAAUAUCCGGUUUUCCAUUAAAGCUGAAGUUAAUUUGAAGCGAAAAUGUAGCAUUAAAGAAAAUGCGAAUUAGUGACAGUCAUGUGAGUUAAUGUUCACUACGUCACUACGCCUUAUUCUGAAAAAGUGUUCCAUCUCCCAUUUAGAGCAUUAAUCAUGUUCAAAAAGACUAAAAUGUCUCAAGUGUUUCCAUCAAGCUUUCCUCAUGAGAAUCUUCAUAAUGCUCAGAGAAAUGUGUUGAUGGAAACAUGACUGUUAAUUAGCCAAACUGUUUGCUGAAUAUUUGUUGCCGAAAUAACUUAAUUCUGUGCACAAGGCUGCAAAAAGACAGUUGUUGAAAAAACAUGAAGAUGAUGUUUGACUAUUAACCACGCCCCCAUUCCCUGUUUGAGAGAGAACAAUGAAAAGGGAGGAAAGAUUGACAAUAUGAUGCCUAAGUUAAUAUAUAUACAUUUCUUUACAUUUUGGGAUCAUUAAAAGUUUGCAGAGUCAGACAUGAUCAGCUCCUGUUUGCAGUGACCCAUGGAUGUACAGACUAGUAUCACAGGAUUACUUUACUGCUGAAGAAAACUUAAAAACAUGAUGAUUCUCAGGCUGUUCUGGAGUUAUCAGGAGUGUUUUAUCAGGAGGUAGAGAGUAAGACACACUGAACCUAAAACUGUGUGUAUCAUACCUGUUGUCUUUGUUAUAUUGUUCAUUUUAAUGUGAGGUUAAUACAGACAGUGAAGAGCUGACAGGAGAUGAGAGAGCAGCUAAUGUUGCAGUUCAUGAUCAGCAUCUUAAUCUCUGUCUGACUUCUGAGAUUUUCCUCACAACUCUUGCUGUUACACCUGGGAUUUAGUCACUCUAUAUAUAUAUUUUUUUUCAAGUUUUGCUUUUUAUUAUUUCUUGGCUUCUGUAAAUCAUGAUUAUAAAGACAGUGACACAGUAAAUGUAAGGGUUUGUGUUGCUGCUGCAUCAGUCUGAGACACUCAGAAUGUGAUGUGAUACGAGGAAAAGCAUCAAAUAUAACAUUAUGAAUAUAAAUACAAUAAACCUGCAGAGUGUU